CGGGAGGCUGGAAACCGUCUUCCCCUCAGCGCGAGGCCAAUGUGGAGUCAGUGGAUCGGCUCGACCGAGGCGGCGGACGCGACUAACCAGUUUGUGAAAGAAAGUUAGACACCGGCGUUGUUUGGAACCCGGGAAAAAGGGAAGGUCGGAAAGAAAACAAAACCGUUUUCCGAUGACGACAAUGAAGUCGCGGAAUAAGGGCACGGAUACUUGAGUUUUGUGCGGAAACAAAAGAAGCUGGAUUUUAAUUGGAUACGAGAGAGAGCGGACUGUAGCUGGAAGUCAGUGGCUGAAUCCCAAAUGGCUCCCUCCUGGACAUACAGUGCACUGCUUAGGGUGUAGGAGCCAUUAUUCUAUCCCGUUUACACCUAGUAAACACGUGUAGGGAUUUGGGAGGAGGUUGAUAUUCAGCCACAGGAUGGCGGUUUGGAGCCAGGUGGUGGUGCGCGCGCUCGUGGCGUUUUUUCUGCUCCUCAGAUCGAGCUGUGGUCAGUACCACGGUGAGAAGGGGAUCUCCGUGCCAGAGCACGGUUUCUGCCAGCCGAUCUCCAUCCCUCUGUGCACAGACAUACAGUACAACCAGACCAUCAUGCCAAACCUCUUGGGUCACACAAACCAAGAGGACGCGGGUUUGGAGGUGCACCAGUUCUACCCGCUGGUUAAAGUGCAGUGUUCUCCGGAUCUCAAGUUCUUCCUGUGCUCCAUGUACGCACCGGUGUGCACCGUGCUGGAGCAGGCCAUCCCUCCGUGCCGCUCUCUCUGCGAGCGGGCACGGCAAGGCUGCGAGGCGCUCAUGAACAAGUUCGGCUUCCAGUGGCCCGAGCGCCUGCGGUGCGAGAACUUCCCAGUGCACGGAGCAGGAGAGAUCUGCGUUGGGCAGAACACGUCGGACACCGGCAAGCCGACGUCGGAACCGACACCAGACGUGGAAGAAAAUUUCACACCGCGCCCGAAUGAUAGAUUUGGUCACCCUUUCUCGUGCCCUCUUCAGCUCAGCGUGCCUUCCUACCUCAAUUAUAACUUUUUGGGAGCCAAAGAUUGCGGCGCACCCUGCGAACACUCUCAGCCACACGGACUCAUGUACUUUAAAGAGGAAGAGGUGAAGUUUGGUCGCCUUUGGGUCGGGGUUUGGUCCAUACUGUGCUGCCUGAGUACUCUCUUUACAGUCCUCACUUACCUUGUGGACAUGCGCCGCUUCCGUUAUCCGGAGCGUCCUAUCAUCUUCCUGUCCGGCUGCUACUUCAUGGUGGCUGUGGCAUACGUCACUGGGUUCCUCCUGGAGGACCAGGUGGUGUGCGUUGGCAAGUUCGGGGACAACGGCUACAAAACGGUGGCACAGGGAACCAAAAAAGAGGGAUGCACUAUCCUGUUCAUGAUCCUGUACUUCUUUGGAAUGGCCAGCUCUAUCUGGUGGGUGAUCCUGUCCCUGACCUGGUUCCUGUCCGCUGGCAUGAAGUGGGGACAUGAAGCCAUUGAGGCCAACUCGCAGUACUUCCACUUGGCAGCAUGGGCUGUACCUGCCGUGAAAACCAUCACGGUGCUGGCGCUCGGCCAAGUAGACGGCGACCUACUGACGGGCGUCUGUUUUGUAGGCAUCCACGACGUCGCAGCGCUGCGUGGCUUCGUCCUCGCGCCUCUUUUCGUCUACCUCUUCAUCGGGACGUCCUUCUUGUUGGCCGGAUUUGUGUCCCUCUUCCGCAUCCGCACCAUCAUGAAGCACGACGGCACCAAGACGGAGAAGUUGGAGAAGCUGAUGGUGCGCAUCGGCGUCUUCAGCGUGCUCUACACCGUCCCCGCGACCAUCGUCAUCGCGUGCUACUUCUAUGAACAGGCCUUCCGCGAGCAGUGGGAGAAGACCUGGCACAUGCAGACGUGCAAGCGCUUCGCCGUCCCAUGUCCCGCCGCCGACUUCGCGCCCAUGUCCCCGGAUUUCACCGUCUUCAUGAUCAAGUACCUCAUGACCAUGAUCGUCGGGAUCACGUCUGGAUUCUGGAUCUGGUCAGGGAAGACGCUGCAGUCGUGGCGCAGGUUCUACAAGCGGCUCGGAAACGGGCAGGGCGAGACCACCGUGUGAAAUUUUGGAUAGACGUUCAGUUCAGGACUGCCAUGCAGACAUGUCUCAGAACUGCAGCCUGGAUUAGAAAAAAAAUCUGACUUCUAUGACAUAAAAUGCCUGCAGGAGGACUUUGCUCAGAUAAUCCACCCACACCAAAUAGAUCACCUUGUGACACUUAAAUACUUGAACUUUUAGCCCUGACUGUCUACACUUUUUUUUUUUUUCUACAGCUUUUGCAUGACUUCAAAGGACUUUUUUUUUUUUUUUUAAAGUGUUUGAAAAUCCUUUUUUUAAAAUGAAAAAACGGUUCUGUGCCUUGUCAAAAAAUGCUUUGUUUGACAUUGUAAUGUCGAGAGAAUGAUAUCCACAGUGGCCAAAACGUAGUAUUUUAAUCUUGUGCCUUGUAAUGUUGUCCAGACCCUGUAUGUUUAUUUCAUCCUUUUUGUUUUGCACAGAUAGUGCAGGAUUUUUAUACACAUUAAAUGUCCUUUUAGAAGUAGAUGCAUUCAGUUCAUGCGACUGUAAGACUUCAGGAGUUUUUACGGUUUAGUGAAGAAUUCAAACUGACGGGCUCGGAUGAUGCGGCUGUGAUUGGUGGGAUUAAAUGUAGGAGUUCAGAGUAGGGAGGAAAACCCCCUUUUUUUUCUUUUUUUCUUUCUUUUUUUUUUUUUUUUUAAAUGUCAUUACUUUUUAAAGACAUUACAUGUAUUUAUUUAAAGUAAACUCGUUUUUAAGACCAUAUUCUCCAUUCAGCAGUUUCACUUAAUAAAGUGAGUAGAUUUUUAGAA